AGAGAGAGAGUGAGAGGGAAUCCUCGUCCUAAAAGUUAGAAGAAAAGGGGAAAGUUUACUCUCCCUCUCUCUCUCUCUCUCUCUCUCUCUCGCGCGCGCGCGCGCUAGGGAUUUGUCGACCGUAGCUCGUUUGAUUCGAGAUGGGUGUUUUGCGCUAAUGCGAGGGACCGAUGGAUGAAGUCGACAUGGAGGAACAGGCUCUGAUCAACAGCUCCAAUCCCUCCGAAGAAUUUUCUCAGGUUGGCAACGAGGUGAAUAAGAAAAGGAAGCUACUUUGUGAGCUCAAUGAUUCAGAAUUGCCAGUGUCGAAGCACAAAUUUAGGUUUCGGGAUGGUUUGAAUAGCUUCAAUCAUGAGUCUGCAGCUAAAGAAGUUACACAGCAUGGAGAGAAAUACCCAAGAGGCAAAGAGAUCAUGAGAGACGGACCAGAAGAAGAAGAAUCUGAUAGGGACAGUAUCAUUUCCAUUGAAGAUUAUGAUAGUGCCCUUCAAGCCAACUUUAAGGGUAGCACUGAGAAAUUAUCCGGGAGACUGGUGUUCCCAGAUCGGCCUUCUACGUCUUCUAACAGUUCCAGCGACAAUGCUUCUGGGAGCAGUAUCACUUCCUUCCACAGUGAUAAUUCCGCAGUGGUAAACACUAUGGCAGAAAAUGGACGGCUGGUGAAUGAUUUCCAAUUUGGUCCAGAGUAUAAAGAUAUGACGGCGUUGCUUCAGGGAUUCGAGGAAUUUGAUGAUGAUAUUACUUCAGAAAUUCUGAGAAACGGCAUGGAGUGUUCAGAUGCGGAGAUAUUAUCAAACGCGUUUGUUCUUCCAUCUGGACAGUGGAGUCUUGGACAAGAAGCUCGAUUGGGUGCGCAGAAAUUGACGAUCGAUCAGGAAUUCGAACAGUAUUUCUCUACGCUGAUGCUUUAGAAGGAUUGCGCUGUAACGAUCUAAUAAUAAUCUUCUUACUGCAGUGUUUUUGGCUUUUCGGACAAAAUGCACUUUAUUACUAGGAAACAUUGAGAAACUUGUGCUGUGGUUUGUGAUUGUGUUGUUAGAGUGAGGCUUUUCUAGGUGUGUGAGGAGGACUCGCGUGAAUGCUUCGAGCUAGGCCUUUGUAAAUCCAGUUUGAAAUAAAGAAUUUCGUUCUCAUUAAGUUAAAGAAAAUUGAAAAGCA